GGCUUAGACGCGUCCCGUGACGUCAUCGCAACGCGCAUUCAGUCAAAGAAAGGUUGUCUCUCAGUUCCAAAAAUGGAGUGAACAGUCUUGCGUUCUCAUCGUGACUGAUUUACAAAAGCUACAUGGAUAAACGAACCGAAAGUGAAACGAAUCCGCCCUUUUGGGCUACACAGCACAAACCGUUUAUCUGCUCGAGCCGGAGCCGCGAGCUGAUCUCGAUCACGCGACACUAGUGACACUUUUUAACACAUUUUUUUGUGUUAUGAUUGUUGUUGAAAUGCUCUCUGUCUCUAUUCUUUAUAUUUUGUUAUUUUAAAAAUUAUUGUUGUAUUCUAACUCUGUUUCAUACUGUAAACGGAAUGUUCAAAUAAUAAAAAAAAAGAUCAUAAAUGAAACCAAUUGGCGUGAAUCGCACCACGUGACAGGGUCGUAUAGGGGAGAAAUAGAAAGUAUUCUGCACAGCGUUCUGGGUGCUGAAGACCCUCGUACUACUGCAAGUUCUGCUGAGCAGCUGAAUGUCUUCAACAUAAAGAUAACAGUGCUGUUUUUCAACAGCAGUUUAUCUGCAGUAUGUCAGAGGAGCGAGGGAAGGACUCUCCAUCUGAGACGAGUGUCUCAGAGAAGCAGAGGGAAGGAUCAGACUCUGAGGUUACCAGCUCUGAGUCUGUAAAGAGUGAUCAGUCGAAAGGUGAUGUACCACUUUUCAAUGAAGAAACAGCUAUCAAAAGUGUAAGAUCAGGUUCACUUGUGUCCAGCUCUGUGUCUGUGAAGAGUGACCGUUCAAAGGGUGAUGUACCGAACUUCCGUAAGGGAACACCAUGUAACAAAAGUGUAAGAUCAGGUUCACAUGUGUGCAGCUCUGUGUCUGUGAAGAGUGACCGUUCAAAGGGUGAUGUACCGAACUUCAGUGAGAAAACACCAUGUAACAAAAGUGAAAGAUCUGAAUCGCAUGUAUCCAGCUCUGUGUUUAUGAAGAGUGACCAUUUAAAGGGAGAUAGACCAAACUUCAAUGAGAAAACACCAUCACCUUCCAAAAGUAACAAAGGACAGAAGACCACAGUAAAUAUUGGUGCAGAAAUUACACGGUGGGAAAAGCUAAAAGCACAGAAGCGACUGAAGAGUGAUGUGGAACUGGCAACUUUUCUUCUCAACAGGGUUCAGUUUGAGAAAUCGGAUUCAAACUACAAGAUUUACCACAACCGCAAGAAUUUCACAGAAAAUCUCUUUUGGAUCUUCAAGGAUCUGGAGAAAAAAAUAACUGCAUUUCUGAAGAAUGAGCUAGAAAAGUUUAAGAAAAUAUUAAAUAGAGAGAACACACAGUACUUUGUGCAGGACUUUACAGAGAAAAUGCAUGAUGUCAAAGAAGCAGCUCUUGAUAUGACACUCUUCUUCCUGAGAGAUAUGAAGCAAUAUGAGGCUGCAGAUGCUCUACAAGAUGAGCUGGUCCUCAUUCAUCAGCGACCACUAAAAUCAAACCUGAAGAAGAAGCACCAAUCUGUAUCUGAAGGAAUUGCAAAGCAUGGUGACUCCAAGCUUCUGAAGAGCAUCUAUACAGAUCUCUAUAUGACUCUGAGUGUUAGUAAACAAGUCAAUAUCCUACAUGAAGUAAGACAAGUUCAGGUUGCUGAUAGGCGACAUGAAUCACGAGAGAUUCCAGUUGAAUGCAAAAAUUUGUUUGAAGCACCUGAACAAGACAAGGAGAUCAGAACUGUACUGACAAAAGGAGUUGCUGGAAUUGGAAAAUCCAUUUCUGUGCAAAAGUUUAUUGUGGAUUGGGCUGACGGUAAAGAAAAUCAGGAUAUUACUUUCAUAUUUCCUCUUGCAUUUCGAGAAAUGAACUUAAAGGAGAAAGAAACACAAAGCUUGACAAGUCUUAUACGUCAGUUUUUCCCAGAGAUAAAAGGACUGAACCUUGCAAGAAAUGAUAAAUUUAAAUUACUGUUCAUCCUUGAUGGUUUGGAUGAAUGUCGUCUUCCACUGAACUUUGAGGGUAAUGAGACUUGUCGUGAUGUAUCAUCACCAGUCUCUCUGGAUGUUCUCCUCACAAACCUCAUCAAGGGAAAUCUGCUUCCUUCUGCUCUCAUCUGGAUCACCACCAGACCAGCAGCUGCCAUUAAAAUUCCUCCUGAAUGUAUUGACCGCGUGACAGAAGUACAAGGAUUCAAUGAUGCACAAAAGGAGGAGUACUUCAGAAAAAGCACAGAUGUCGAUCUGGCCAACGAAAUUAUUGAUAAUGUUAGACAAUCAAAGAGUCUUUUUAUCAUGUGCUACAUCCCAGUCUUUUGCUGGAUUACAGCCACUGUUCUCCAGAACAUUUUAGAGGAGAAAAGAAAUAAUGAUGUGAAAAUCAAUCAGGCAGAUGACUCCUCCAAAACACUGCAGGAAUCAAAUGCUGAAGAUACUCCCAAGACUUUGACACAAAUGUACACACACUUUCUCCGCUUUCAGAUCCUGCAGAGCAGACGAAAAUAUUAUGGAGAAUACACACCAGAUGUUUCUUGGGAUAAAGAUGCCAUGCUUUCACUGGGGAGACUGGCAUUUCACCAUUUGGAAAGAAACAAUCUGCUCUUUUAUGACACAGAUCUGGAAUCCUGUGGUAUUGAUGUUUAUAAAGCAUCAAUGUAUUCAGGCAUGUGUACCCAGAUGUUUAAGGAGGAAAGAGGAAUCAUUCUUGGUACCACUUUCUGCUUUGUUCACUUGAGCAUUCAAGAGUUUAUUGCAGCCCUGUAUGCACAUCUGUUUCUAGACCGCAACAAUAAAAGUGUGUUUGAUCAUCAUGAAUCUACAGAACAGGAAAACAAAAAUGAAACCAUGAUUGAUUUGCUCAAGACUGCAGUGGACAAGGCACUCGAGAGUGAAACUGGACACCUGGACCUUUUCCUUCGCUUCCUUCUUGGUCUGUCACUCCAGACCAAUCGUCCUCUCUUACGAGGUCUGUUGACACAGCAAGACAGCAAUGACGAGAACUACAAGAAAAUAGUUCAGUACAUCAAGCAGAAAUUAGAAGAUAAGAAGAUGUCUCCAGAGAGAUCCAUCAAUCUGUUCUACUGUCUGAAUGAACUGAACGAUCAAACUCUGGUGAAACAGAUUCAGACUCAACUUAGAGAAGGAAGUCUUUCAUCUGCUGAUCUUUCUCCUGCUCAGUGGUCUGCUGUGGCCUUCGUUUUGUUGACAUCAGAGGAAGAGAUGGAGGAGUUUGACCUUCAGAAGUUUAAGAAAUCAGACGAGUGUCUCUUUAGGCUACUGGAAGUUGUGAAAAUCUCCAAAAGAGCUCUGCUAAAUGAUUGUAACUUAACAGAUGAGAGCUGUUCAAAUUUGGCUACAGCUCUCGGAUCAGAUAACAAUCUGGUAGAGCUGAAUAUGAGCAAUAAUAAUCUACAGGAUUCGGGAGUAAAGCAGCUCUGCACUGGACUGGAGAAUAUUACGUGUAAAUUGGAGAUACUGAAGUUAAGAUACUGUGAUAUGACAGAUGAAGGUUGUUCUGCUCUGACUUCAGCUCUGAAAUCAAACCCAUCACACCUGAGAGAGCUGGACCUGAGUGAGAAUGAACUAGGAGACUCUGGAGUGAAAAACCUCAGUGAUCUACUGAUGAACCCACAAUGCAAACUGGAAAUACUAGCUCUGUGUGAAUGCAGUAUAAAAGAGAAGCAGUGUGAGUUCCUGACUUCAGCUCUGAAAUCAAACCCAUCACACCUGAGAGAACUGGACCUCAGUGGAAAUGUACUUAAACACACAAGAGUGAAUAAAUUUUAUGAUAUACUGAAGGAUCCAUGCUUUAAACUGGAGAGAUUGAGUCUGCAUGACUGUGGCAUUACAGAUGUUGCUUGUUUGGCUCAGUCUUUGGCUGAAACAAAAGCACUUCUAUUUUUAAAAGAGCUUGAUCUGAGUAACAAUAAAAUGGGAGACUCAGAGCAGCAGCUGAGUGAUGUGCUACGAGACUCAAACUGUGAACUGAGGUGAGUAAACAUUCAUUUGUCGCAGUCA